CAGUUAGUCUGGCUAAAAAUGGUUCGAUUCAUUCUCUCAGUUUUUGUCUUUAAUCUGUGCCAAAUUGGUCCUGGAAACCAAGCAGGCAUACUAACGAAUUAUACCUUGAGCAAUGCAUGGAAAAGUCACGAGCUUUUCGAUCGACUGGCUUAUGCCAAUCGCAAUUGGCGGUAUUUCUUGUUCUCCGGACUCGAUCAUCUCUCGGGGUUGCCUCUUGGCCAUCCUCGAAGACCCUCGGACUACAACCCAACUGGAUCAGGGCAGAAAUUUUGCCGAAGACCUGAGCAUCACAACGAAGGCGAUUAUUUCUCGGGGAACAUGAUUCGAACGGCUCAUAAAGUGGAUCCACGAGGGGAUUGGCAAGAUGAGAGCACUGAUUAUAAUCCGGAUGGAAGCAAAUAUUGCAUCUUUCCAUCGAAUUCGUUUCAAAGAAAAGGAGUUUAUCUGGCCCCAUAUUUGGGAGCAUUGGAAUAUGAAUCCGAUGGCCGCAGUCAUUGCUACAAAGGAAAGGAUUAUUACCUCUACGCGCUUUUGAAUCAAAUUGAAUUAGAUCAAGCCUGUGAAGCUCUCAGAGGACGAUGUCUGUACAAUACCUAUGGCUCUUACAAUCCUGAACCGCACUUGGCUUUACCUGAAUCUAACAAAAAUUAUGGAUCCAUCUCCUCAGGAGGGUAUUUUUGGCACACAUAUUACAGUCACGCGGAUCCGGUGUCGGUUUUUGCUCAUUGUGAUGCGGUUAUCUAUGUGACCAUGGACCACGAGGGGAUGAACGCGAAAUUUGGGGGUUACUAUAUGCUGGAACCGCCCGAGAUUAAGAUGAACGCCCUUUACUCUCGAGAAUCAGGCGGAUAUUCCUCGUAUCGACACAUCAAGCAACAAAAAUUCAUCGUAUUCCAUGAUUAUAAUUAUGUUUGGACCACUUCCGACGGUGGAAAAUUUGUCAUGAUCAAAGACUGGGGAGAUCGAAGUAGAUUCUUCAGUUUCCGAGAGUUGAACGAGGUCACGGGAUUCACCACAACGUUCAUUGAGGCUCAAGUGAAAGACGACUCAUACGGUUUACAAAGCUACUACAAACGACACAAGGAGCCCAUUGCCGAAGACACAUUUUGCAUUCGUCAUCUGUUGGCAAGUGGAAAAAUUCCUUAUGAGUGGUCGUGGACCCGAGAAAACACUUUCGGCCAACAAGCGGGCACAAAAGGUCCCAAAGUGAACAUUCUGGUGGAAUCCGGCCCUCCAGUUCGGUCGAGUUGUGGAUUAGGCUAUCGGGAGUCCGAGAAUUUUGCCAUCACGUCCGGUAAGCAACCGUGGGUGGUUUAUGUUUUGAUCGGUUCGUCGAACCCGAAGGAAGCGGCCAAAUGCAUUGGCACCAUUCUAACGGUCAGGCACGUUCUCACGGCCGCUUCAUGUCUCUGUUCCACGGACCCAAGGUACAAUGUAUACGAGGAUGGAGAUCCCAACUCGUGUGCCAAAGGCAGUGAAGGAGCCGAUCAAUACGACUUCCGGAGGCACCGAAAUGGGAAUCCCCUGAAAAAUGUUUUCGGUAAGAUUGGCAAACGAGGGAUCGCAGCCAAACCUAAUGAGAUGUUCGUUUUGAUGUCAGUGUAUUUGGGCGAAAGAGACGUUUAUGGGCGGAGGUUUGAGCCCAAUUUGUUUCGCGUCACCUGGGUGAGCGUUCAUCCGAGUUACAGACGCUUAACUGGCAACUACGAUGUGGCGGUUGUGGGUCUCAUGUGGAACAUGCAAUUCUCCUCCGUUCUCAUGAACAUUUGUCUCCCGGAUCUCUCCGCGUCCGACACCAACAUGCUUCCCAGGGGUGUUUUACUCUACUCAAUUAAGGCGCUGACUAGAGCAGAGAGCUUAAGAAAGAUUUACACCAAUGCCAAUGGCUUGGCUAUCUACGAGGAAUGUAAAUCGCCUUGCUUCCUCUCCAAUCAUACACAAUCCCUCCGUGAGUGGAUCAAAGAACGGGGCUCCGAAUCGGAUGCUCCUCUGAAUUUGUACCAGCCUAUUUGCGACCAGUUCUGGGACGAUUUUGAUUCCAACCAUCGGAAUGCGAAAGACGUGUUCUACAAGAAGUGGCUUGAACCGCAAGCAAUCGUUAUGAUUGAGCGUCGGAACUAUUCCUUACCGGAUGGAAAGCAAACGUACAAAUGUUUUGAUACCCGACCCAGUUCCUAUCGGUUUGGAUGGUGCAAGACCAAGAGAUCUGCCACGGAUGCCAAGAAACAGGAUCGGUGGGGGUUCUGCGACGAUUCGGUUCAAUUGGAAGCCAACUCACCCGAAGGUCACGAGUUCUAUGAAGUGGAAACCACUUUGGUCCCAGGCACAGAUUGUGCAGUGAAUGAGGGGGACAACCCGGACGAGAUUGAUCGGAGUCAGACCAAGAUCUGUACCAAAUAUAUUCCACACAAACCAUCCCGUUAUGAGAUUGUCAGAGAUGAUUACACCCGUGGACUGAUCUAUAACUACACGUUGACCCGUUAUUUGGGUGGUUAUUACCGCGAUUUCAUCCCCAAAAUUUGGCGGAGGAAAAAGAAGAUCAAAUACGACGAAUUCGGGGAGAUCAUCUUUAGCGAGGACGACGCUGCGUAUCAUUCCGGAUUUCCCCGACGACAUCAAGUGUGCCAUCAGGGCCCUCCGGAUAUUGAUAUCGGAGGACCAAGUUACUUCCGGAUGUCCAGGGUAAAAGAACAGAACCCGGACACACGGGACACGACACAAGAACCGGCAGGGGCGGGCGUUAGCCAUGUAGUUCUGGUAUCGAUUCAAACUGGUUGGUCAGGCAAACAUGGGAAAGUGUGCUCCGAAGGAGACGGAUAUUAUACGGAUGUGGAGACCGUCAUUACUCGAGAAAUUCAUCAAUGGUUGUUGAGAGAAAUUUCCUCGCUGACGCACUUUUCCAGCAUUUACAACAUUCGAGAUCACCUCUUCAAGGUCCAGAAUCAAGAAACAACCGAUCCCACCACGCAGCCAACCACAUCCACUACAAUUAAAUUCGUCGGGGGAGGUGAAGACUCUUUCAAUUUUGACGAAACCACGGAAUUUGAUUAUGAAGCCGUCGGAGCAUCGAGUUUGACUGACGACUAUUUUGAUCAGUUAUAUUUCAACGCAACUCUGAGAAAAAAUGCUGGGCAGACCAAGAGCAAGGAUUCUUUUGUUCUUUGGAUUCUUUCUAUAUUCUGGCAGAGCAAAUUCUUGUAUUCGCUCAAGUGA